ACAUAAAGUAUCAUGCCUCCUCUGAACAGACUCGGAUCUCUGACAAUAAUAGAAAGUUAUUAGCGAUACGAGCAAUUGUUCUAUUCGUUUCCGAUGUACGACUACUUUUUGAUCGCAGUGGGUGUUUUAACAACAAUUUCUGCAAUUUAUUCCUUCUUCAGGUUUAUAUAUUUGCACUUUCUACUUCGAUUUUUCCACGAUUUCCGUAACGAAUACGGAGAAUGGGCCGUUAUCACCGGCGGAAAUGCCGGCAUCGGACGGAGUUACGCUUUGCAAUUGGCAGAAAAAGGUAUGAACGUAAUUAUCGUCGGCAGAGACCAACAAACUCUGCGAAGUACGGCCGAAGAAAUCGAGAGCACUUAUGGAAAUCGAUGCCUUUACAUCCGAGCCGACUUGUCGGAAGAGGGUGCCGUACGUGACGUGGUACAGGAAUUACAAGGCAAAGACGUAGGAUUAUUCAUCCACAAUGCUGGUUUUUUAGGCAAUUUACCACGUCUUUUCUUAGACGAAACGACGGAAAACGUGUUAAAAAUGAUCACGUUGCAAGUAACUUCUGUGGUGCAGUUAACUCGUUGCGUUCUACCGUGGAUGUUAACUAAGGAAAAUGGAGCCAUGAUAUUCGUUACUUCGUUCUCUUCACUUUUUCCUACUCCACGUUUAAAUGUUUACUCGGCUUCUAAAGCAUUUUGCGAUCGCUUUUCCAGGAGCAUCUUAGGAGAAUGUCUCGCUAAAGGAGUACACAUCCAGACACUUUCUCCAUUUUACGUAUCCACCAAAUUCAUCAAAUUCAAAAAAAUCGACGUGAUAAUUCCUAGCAGCGAUCGUUACGUGAGGGAUGCCAUUCGAACUUUAGGAAUUUCCGAUUACACUAGUGGAUAUUGGUUACACGACAUACUUAAGUAUCUUGCGGUAAAUUAUCGUACAAUACUAUGGAAAUGGUUUACGUUAAAAUCGAUGCUCAGAAUAAAGAAACGUUUGCAAGGUAUAAUUAUGUUUCGUGAGAAAACUACUGUUAACAUUUCAAACAAUUCUGCUCUGAAUAAUUACAAGAAUGAUUAAGAAUAGAUGUAUCAGUCAUUCGCGUAAUAAUUGCUGAGAAAUGAACAAAACCUGUUAUUAAUAUCGUUUUUUGAAUACUUCCUACUUGACAAAAUAAAUUUGAGCAUGUUAUAUGUGAAAAUAAUUAAUAAAUAAUUUGAUAUAAAAGAAUCUUUGUUAAAACUAUGAUUGUUGAGAUUGUCGGUGAGUGAAAAAGUCUACUUCCAGUGUGCGUACCUCACAAAAUAAAAACAAAAAACAAUGGUGUUUUCACCUGUAAUUCUCAAUAUAAUCACCCAAAUGUGCUUUAUAUCUAACAAGCUUGCAAACGUAGGAGGAGAACGGGGUAACUGUGGUCAAUUAAUUAAGCGAGAAUGGUUUCCACACAGUUUAUAAUAGGCCUACUGUAUACUUUAUAUACAGUACUUUACUCUGGUUCUACGUGGGUAAAAUAGGGGCAGAUUUCUCCGGUUGGAGAUCGAAUUAAACUUCGAUUAUGACCUCUCCCGAGCCCCGAAAGGUUUCGAAUUGUCAUCAGGUGACAAGGAGAGAUAAAUCGGAAAGUGGAAUAGAAGGAAAACGGAUAAAACACCAGACAUUCAAGGACGCGACGGCUUCUUCUCCCGAAAGUUCCAAGUGACGGAUCUAUUGUUGUGUGUGUGUGUGUGUGUGUGUGUCUCGCGCCCAUCUUCGUCGCCAUCUCCCGACCUCGGAUCGACAUAUUUCCAUCAACGGAAAUCGACCGCAUCGUCCGGGAGUCGUCGAGACGUCGAUGGAAUUGUUCAUUCGCGAACAAGGGACACACCUUCAAAAUGGGACUAUCUUGGAAAGGAGAGGAAGACCAAGAGGUAGCUGCCGACGUAGAACUUUAAAGAUCGCGGAAAUCUUGUAAGCUUCUUUCGUGUAUAAUAAACGGGUUGUGUUGUUUGUAAAGGAGGCAUCUAUCUCUGACUCGACUGCUUCCACCUGUCGUUGAU